AUGACAUCGAUGGCCUCUUCUUUUUCUAUCGAUAACACGACCGAGUUUGACUUGACAAUACUAUUAAUAGUUUCAUCUAAAAAGCUCUGUCACCACCAUUUGGCAAGAGACGAGUCAAAGUUGAUUCAAAAUUUGGAUGAAUCUGAAAGUGUAUUGGUAAAGGUUAUGGUGUUGGAUAAAUCUUUCCAGUUUAUCGACGAAUUCAAUUGUGAUAAUCAUAGCACAAUCACUAUUCGCCCUCAAAUCUAUGUCGAAUAUGAUCCAUCACAAAAUGGACCAACAUCAUAUUAUACCUCACAGAAGUUGCUAGAAUUCAAACAAAAGAAAUACAUCAUUUUACACAAAUUUGGGUCCACCAACAAUCAAGUUUAUUUAGUUUAA